GCCUGGAUGCACACAGUUGGUUCCAGACCGAGGUCUCCACAGGACUCUUCCUUGCUGGUCAGCAAUGCAUUCGCAUUCUGUGGCAAGGGCCACAAAGAGAGCUUGUGUGAAACCAUGGGUCAUUGGCCUCAUCACCUUUAUCUCCCUGAUUGUUCUGGCAGUGUGCAUUGGACUCAUUGUUCAUUAUGUGAGAUACAAUCAAAGGAGGACCCACAAUUACUAUAGUACAUUGUCAUUUACAAGUGACAAACUGUAUGAUGAUUUUGGAAAAGAGGCUUCUAAAAAUUUCACGGAAAUGAGCCAGAGAAUUGAAUCAAUGGUGAAAAAUGCAUUUUAUAAAUCUGUACUGAGGGAAGAAUUUGUCACACUGCACAUUGUCAAAUUCAGUAAAGAGGAAAAUGGAGUGUUGGCUCAUAUGCUGCUGAUUUUUAGAUUUCCCUCUACUGAGGAUCCUGAAACCAUAAAUAAUAUUGUUCAAUAUGUUCUACACAAAAAGCUGCAUGAUGCUGUAGGGCCUCCUGAAUUAGAUCCUGAAUCCGUUGAAAUAAAAAAAAUCAACAAGACAGAAACAGACAACUUUCUGAACAAUUGUUGUGGGACUCGAAGGAAUAAAACUACAAAACAGAGUGUCAGGAUUGUUGGUGGGACACAGGUGGAAGAGGGCGAAUGGCCGUGGCAAGCUAGCCUGCAAUGGGAUGGGAUCCACCGCUGUGGAGCAACUUUAAUCAACAGCACGUGGCUUGUGAGCGCUGCUCACUGCUUUAGAAUGUAUAAGGACCCAGCCAGGUGGACUGCCUCCUUUGGAGUGACAAUAUAUCCUCCUAAAAUGAAACAUGGCAUCCGGAGGAUAAUUGUCCAUGAAAAAUACAAAUAUCCAUCACAUGACUAUGAUAUUUCAGUUGCAGAGCUUUCCAGCCCUGUUCCCUACACAAAUGUGGUACAUAGAGUUUGUCUCCCUGAUGCAUCUUAUAAUUUCCAGCCAGGUGAUGAGAUGUUUGUGACUGGGUUUGGAGCACUACAAAAUGAUGGUAACAGUCAAAAUCACCUUCGGCAAGUGCAGGUGAAACUUAUAGACACUAAAACCUGCAAUGAACCUCAAGUUUACGAUAACUCCAUAACUCCUAGAAUGCUAUGUGCUGGCUCCUUGCAAGGAAAAAAAGAUGCAUGCCAGGGUGACUCUGGAGGACCACUGGUUAGUCCAGAUGCUAGAGAUAUUUGGUACCUUGCUGGAAUAGUGAGCUGGGGAGAUGAAUGUGGGCAACCCAAUAAGCCUGGUGUUUACACUAGAGUGACUGCCUUACGGGACUGGAUCGCUUCCAAAACUGGUGUCUAAGAGAAAACAACCUAGUAGAGGAGAAUGUAUUUUUGUUUAUAGGUCAUUAUUAGAGAUGCAGAAUUGCAGAAGCAGCCAGUAGGUCACCUCAAUCUGACAAAAAAAUGAAAUUGUCUGCUUGAUGCAUAAUUUCCUUCCUAGCUCUGCUCCACAUGUAAGCCUCCUGCUUCUUCCAGAUGGACUGUCUCAACUUGCAUUCAUUUAUUUACUAGAAGUUUUCUGUCACUUAUGCCUUGUUGAUAUAAGUUUCUCAUGCAUAGAUAUAAUUUGAAGUGGUUUCUUUCUUCAUUUCCCCAGCUUCUGUCUUAUUAAAAUUCCACCUUGAAGGCAGGACAAAGAAUAAAAGAAAAUACAAAAAAACCCCCACUACCACAUUUUUAUUUACAGAAAAAUAUUUUUUUUCUGAAGAGAAUAAGAAAAAUUAUCAUAUUCAUUUUGAAAGGUCAAUCAGGGACAGAAUUCUGAACACUUCAUGAUGAACAAAGAAUGGGAACUACGGACAGAAACAAGUUGUAGCUUUUCCUCCCAUUUCAGUCAAACAACCACAGAUAUAAAUGUGGGGAAUAUUCUGUUUCCUUGUGACCAAGAAUAAUUAUACAAACUAUAUAUAAAGCAAGUAAUAUUUAUUUAACAUUGCACUGCUGAGGAUGUUAAUAUAUAAUAAAAAUGAUAAACCUCUCAUUUUCUUGAUGUUUUAUGAUAGUCCAUGAAGCAGAAAAAGAUGGGGAAAUAUCACUAAUUUAUUCAUUGCAAAUUCUUUAAAAAUCUGAGGCUAAAAUAAAAAUGUAUUUAAGAAUGACCAGCAUAACAUAUGUGGUAAGAUUUUUGUGUAGUUGAAUGGGAAGGAAUGAAGAGAGAAUCAGUUAGUUCAAAACAGUCAAUGAACUGGGAUUAUCACCAAGUGCUUGUGUAUUUGUAUUUGAAGCCUUCCCACCCUGCAAGGUCUUGAAUGGGAAUAAAGUCCAGAUGUUAGUAUGUAGUUAUGGUCACGAAAUUAAGCUAGAGCUCUUCCCCACAUUUAUUUCUGGAGCUUCAUUUCCAACACUUUGAAAUAAUUGCAGACCGUCUUCCCCACUACUGUGUUUCCAUUCCAUGCUUGCACCAUGGGCUUAUCUGGGUUCAGAUGGGACGAUAUAGGGAAGGUAUUCUGGAAGCUGACUCUGCAUCUCGAAUGACAUUGAAUUGCUAACUGCCUGGAUACAAAGUGGAAAAAUAAACACCUAGUUAUCAUAACUUCAGUCUUGGUGAGUUACUGUUGAACUGUUAGAGACACAACAUUCAAGUGGUCUAGGCCCUUAGGAGGUUGGGGCUGGUGCCAAGGUAAACGUCAUGUCAAUGGUGAGAGUUCGCUGGAUCUUUCAUUACGCCCCUCGUUGUACACAGCUGCUUACAUAGCUCUGUGUUGUACCGCAUCCAGUAUGAAAUUAACCUUAUCAAGAAUAUUUGACCUUAAUUGACCCAAAUAACAUUGGGAUGGUGAGCUGAUAACGUUUAAGCAUUUGACUAAAAUAUGAAAACUGACAUGAAUUGAUAGUGCUAAAUAUUUUACAGAAACUAUUUUUGUUUCACGUAAUAAAAUAUGUUGAGAAGUAAGAAAACCGAGGGAAGUGGUACAUUUUAAACUAAGAUUUAAGUAUAUUUUAAACUAAAUUACUCUCAGUGUUCCAUUAAGAAAUCGAUUCUCCUUAUUUCAGUAUAUUCUGAAGUCUGGCCUGUAGGUGGCACCCGCGGGCUGCCGAAAGAUUUAGGGAAGCGUGGUGUCCACUAGCUUUAAGUAAUCAUGAAAACCAGCAGAAAUUCUGUGUGAGAGUCUUGUAAAACCCAAAGAAUAUAAUUUAUGGAAACGCAUUUAAAAAUAAAUCCAUGUAUAAUGGAAUCAUGGUUACUAUUUUACAAUUUCUAGAGGUGAUUUUCCAAGCUAAAAUAAAAUUGACAGUGACGCGAAGAAUUUCCUCUGCAAACUAACUUGAGGAAAUUUAAAUUGAUCAAUUUUAGAAGUUUGAUUUCACAAUGGCAUUAUAUUUCUUAGAGAAAUAUUUUUAUAUUUUCAAAGGAUAUGAGAAACACAGGUUGAGUUACUGUGAAAAUAUAAGCAAUAUUUCAAACAAUGUGCAUAGAGUAAUAGGUAGUAAUAUAGUAUAUUUUUUAAAUGAUAACUUGGAAAUGUAUGUUUUAACCUAUUAAUUGGAGAAAGUUGUCAUGAUCAAAAUAAUAUUUACUAAUUGCACAAAACGGCUGGUGAUUUCUCUUCUAUCUCUCUUCCCA